AAACAACAAAUUAUUUUAAAAAAUAUCAACAAAGGUUAUUUUUGUCAUUUCAAUUUCUCCCCCUCAACCUUGUGAGUUAUGUUUCAAUGUUUUUGUCUGUGACCGCUUGAAAGACAUCAGUACCAACUCAAAUUAUUUCCUUCUCUCUUCUUCUGUAAAUUCUCCUGCCUUCUUCUUCUUCUUGUUUUUUGCUUUCUUUUCAUUAUUGCAAUCUCCAUUAUCCACACUUCACCUCACAUUUUCUUACACAAUGUCAGGAGCUCUUUAGCACCAUCAACACAUUUCCCACUUCUCUCUUUCGCUUUAUUUCUUCAUAAACAUCUUCCAUAUCUCACUUUACUUCCCUCCCUCCACCAUGUCAACCAAAUCCAAAUCUAGUUUACCUGAAACUCCUAGCAAACCUUCACCAGCUACUCCUAGAGUGAGUAAACUUAGCAGGGGAGUGGCUAAAUCAGAAUCUGAUUCUCACUCUCCCCUGCAAAAUUCUCGUCUUUCGGUUGAUCGAUCUCCCAGAUCCACUAACUCGAAGCCAACAAUUGACCGAAGAUCACCAAAGGUUAUUACUACGCCACCAGCCAAGGCUCGUACCCCACCUGAAAAACCACAAUCACGACUUGUGAAGGGAUCCGAAUUGCAGGCUCAGUUGAGUCUUGCUCAGGAAGAUCUAAAGAAAGCAAAGGAUCAGAUGGCAUUAAUUGAAAAGGAGAAGAUGCAAGCAAUUGAGGAGCUGAAAGAAGCUCAGAGAGUAGCUGAUGAGGCAAAUGAGAAACUAAGGGAGGCUGUGGUGGCUCAAAAGCGAGCUGAGGAGGAUUUUGAGAUUGAGAAGUUCCGGGCUGUUGAAAUGGAACAGGCGGGAAUAGAGGCAGCCCAGAAAAAGGAAGAGGAAUGGCAGAAAGAGAUUGAAGCUGUGAGGAAUCAACAUGCUUUGGAUGUUGCUGCUCUUCUGUCUACCACACAAGAGCUGCAAAGGAUAAAGCAGGAACUGGCCAUGACUUCUGAUGCUAAGAACCAGGCAUUGAGCCAUGCUGAUGAUGCCACUAGGAUUGCUGAGAUCCAUGCCGAGAAAGUGGAAAUUCUCUCAUCUGAGUUGUCCCGGUUGAAGGCAUUACUUGAUUCAAAGCGUGAAUCAGAGACCAUUGAAAAUAAGAUGUUGUUGAAGCUAGAAGAAGAGGUAAAUUUUUUGAAAGAAAAACUUGAAAAAUCAAAAAGCACUGAGGAAAAGCUGAUGGAAAGAGAAGCUUCUAUUGAAGAGCUUAACGUUGAGCUAGAGGCUGCUAAGAUGGCCGAAUCAUAUGCUCAUAAUUUAAUGGAGGAAUGGAAAGCCAGGAUAGAAGAAUUAGAAAUGCAGGUUGAGGAGGCACUUAAAUUGAAGAGAUCAGCAUCAGAAUCUUUGGAUUCAGUCAUGAGGCAACUGGAGGAAAACAAUGAUUUGUUGCAUGAAGCAGAAUCUGAGAUUGCUUCACUUAAAGAGAAGGCUGGGUUGUUGGAAAUGACAAUUGGAAGACAGAGAGGGGAUCUAGAGGAAUUGGAUCGUUGUCUUGAUAUGGCGAAAAACGAAACUUCUGAAAUGGGUAAGACAGUUGAAUCUUUGAAGUCUGAGCUAGAAACCGUGAAGGAAGAGAAAGUUCAAGCUUUAAACAAUGAGAAGCUUGCAGCUUCCAGUGUUCAGAACCUGCUAGAAGAGAAAAACAAGCUCAUUAACGAGUUGGAGAAUUCUCGGGAAGAAGAGGAGAAGAGCAAGAAGGCGAUGGAAAGCUUAGCUUCAGCAUUGCAUGAAGUCUCUGCAGAAGCAAGGGAAGCCAAAGAAAAACUGUUAUCCAGUCAAAAUGAGCUUGAAAGUUAUGAGGCCCAAAUAGAAAAUUUAAAGUUGGUCCUGAAAGCAACAAAUGAGAAGCAUGAAACCAUGCUUGAUGAUGCUAAACAUGAAAUUGAGCUUCUUUCAAACACGAUUCAACAGUCCAAGAAUGAAUUCGAGAUGUCUAAAGCUGAGUGGGAGGAAAAAGAGGUUCAUUUGUUGGAUUGUGUAAAGAAAUCAGAAGAAGAAAACUCUUCAAUGGAAAAGGAACUAAAUAGGUUGGUGAAUCUGCUCAAACAAAAUGAGGAAGAAGCUAGUGCCAAAAAGGAAGAAGAAGAUCAGCUAAGGGAAGGCCUUAAAGAGGUUGAAGCUGAGGUGAUUUAUCUGCAGGAAACUCUUGGGCAAGCUAAGGCCGAGAGCAUGAAACUGAAGGAGAGUUUGUUGGACAAAGAAACUGAGUUGCAGAGUGUAAUUCAAGAAAACGAGGAACUCCGAGCUACAGAAGCUGUGUCUCUUAAGAAGGUUGAGGAAUUGUCUAAGUUGCUUGAAGAAGCUUUGACCAAAAAGCAAACUGAGGAAAAUGGUGAGCUUACAGAUAGUGAGAAAGACUAUGAUCUCCUUCCAAAGGUUGUUGAAUUCUCUGAAGAGAAUGGACAUGCUAGUGAAGACAAGUCUAAAAUGGACCUUCCACCACUACCAACCAAGGAAGAGAAAAAAGAAGAUCCUAAAGAAAAAAAUAAUGGCUUCAAUGAUGAGAAUCUUGAAAAGGUUGCUGCCAAAGUUGAGAAUGGCAAUGGAAAGCCGAAAGAAGAUGAGAGCAAAGAGAAAGAAGAUGAUUCAGUUGAAGUUGAGUUCAAGAUGUGGGAGAGCUGCAAAAUUGAAAAGGAGUUUUCUCCCGACAGAGAACUGGAGAAGGAAUCAUUUGAAGAGGAAGUGAAUUCAAAGGUGGAUGGCAGUGAAAUUGAUCAGAUAAAUGGACUAUCGUCCACAGAACAUGUUGAGGAUGGUGCAACCUCACCAACAAGGCAGCUACAGCAGAAGAAGAAGAAACCUUUUAUGAGGAAGUUUGGAAGCUUACUCAAGAAGAAGCCGACUAGCAACCAGAAGUAGAGGAAGUAACCACUUUAGCCUGACUAGCAGGCAGGUAUAUUGAGGACUAUCAUGCACUUAAUUGUGUUUGCUUUAUUGUUCUUUGCGUCUGAUUUUCAGAUAGUUUAAAAAUGAGAAGGGUUGUAUUAUCUUAGUUUUUUUUUUUUUUUCCAGGGUUUUUUUGGUUUCCUUUUUCUGGGAGUAUCUUGUAUGUGAUGGAGAAUUUUUUAUCCUUAAUUCUUUUCCCCUGCCCUUCUUAUCUAAACUUCAUGAAAAGGAGUGGUAUUGUGGUAUAACUACAACAUUGUAUUUUGAUUUGUUAUCAGUUAUUUUACAUGGAAAACUUAUAUGUUAAUCUUGCUAA